AUGCGGUCAAUCAGGCUGAUGCUUGUUCCAGGUCUGCUGUUUGCUGCCUUGGUAAACCUUGUGGAGGCUGAUCGACAAACACUCUCGAAUUUGUUUCGCUACACCGUCGAGACGGACGACUUUGGUGGCUGCGCUACAAUUGGAGAGGACACCCUGAAUUCCAUUGCCGAUGACGCCUACACGCUGGCUACACAGGGGUCUAAAGCAAUGAGUGACUACCAAGACACCGUUGCGAAUACGCAUGAAGCGGCAAAGCGAUUGGUGGAUGUUAUGUUUCUCAAACCAUCCGACUCUGAGUUCGAAACCGUCAAAGGAAGAGCCGACGGGGUGAAAACUUGGCUGGAGUCAGGCGGGAACGUCAACAACGGCCAGAACAAGAAAAAGCCUUAUUUGUUUUGUGGUGACUCGUGGGUGAUUCGCCAGGACAUGAGCAGCCAGAUGAAGGACAAAGACGGAACCGAUAUGGUCGACGGAGAUGGCGCGAUUAUCCGUAUCAAGGACAGCUCAAAGAUGGUGAAAGCACGAAAGAAGAUUGCAAAGGAUUGGAACGUCAAGGAAAGCAAAAUCUAUCCUUAUUGGAGUGCAGGCAUUGGCGCUUAUAUUUUCAACGUAAAAUAUUCUGAUGAUCCAACCAAAAAUGGGUGCGACGAAGCAGACGCCUUGGGAUAUACCAUGAACCAAGGCUCCAUAAGUCUCAUUGUGCUUUGUCCUAAGUCGUUUACUGAGGUUAAGUUGCAUGAGACGAGUAUUUCCGCAUUCGCAAGCAGUUACUACGAGAAGUUUGGCCAAGCCCCAGAUGAUAACACAAGAAUCAGAGACGUCAUGCCUGCAGGCCGUACUCUUUAUCACGAAUUGUUUCAUUUAUACUGGGGUGAAGACCUGCACCCUUCUGGUAAGGAGGAAUACGUAUUCCGCAGGAUGACGGGAAACGCCGCGCGCCGUGAUGGAACUUACUUCGUGAAGUCACAGGCCAUGUCGAACCCAGAAAACUAUGCUAUGCAGGCGGUUGCCUAUGACUACACUCUAUCCGUCACAGCUGGGGCCAAGGACUACCCAGUAGAGUUCUAUACUGGUUAUGCCACCUAUGAAGACUGA